AUGAUUUGUUUUCCAACAAAUAUUAUACCUACGGAGGCAGCUACUGUUGGAGGCAGCAGUAUUUCUCUUUCGUCGAUAUUGAGUGCCGGUCCAAGUCCUGUUCUGUCAUCGCCGUCUGCGACUUUUACGUCGACACAGCAGCGUCAAAUGCAACAACAACAUCUGUUUGCUCUUCUAAAGUUGGAUAAUAUGUCGAAAACGGGUCACAUAGGGGAUCCUGCGUCUGUAUUGUCCAAUGACCUCUUUGGCGCUGCCGAUCUUCAUCAUAGUAAUGACGAAAGAAAGGCAAAUGAAAAUGACGAUGAAAACGAGAAUAAGUCUGAAAAUUUGACCCUAAAGCGUGCUGCUACUACUACCCUAUUGGAAACUGCAGGCUACGUGUCCGAUGAUGGCCUACAAUAUGAGAAGGCUCUGGCAGCGGUUGUCUCAAAUGCACCGAAUGCUCACCAGUCGUCUCUGGAUAACAACAAUAUAGAUUGUCCAAAAGAAUGUAAAUGCCUUAAUGACUACUUUGACUGUGGAAAAAAACUUUUAGACCAUGUCCCGCCAUUUCCAAACUAUGUACAAGUCAUUGACCUUCUUGGGAAUAAACUUAAUGACACGACGGUAUUGCAAAUACACAAUCUUCCGGAUCUUAAUAAACUAGUUUUAAAGCGGAACCAACUGGAGAAAAUACCAGUGUUUGUUGGCCUCACGUCACUGAAGCAGCUAAGUCUGGCGCACAACCGUAUACAAAGGAUUUCUUCUGAGGCACUUGCUGCUUUGCCGAAAUUGAAGUCAUUGGAUUUAUCGAAAAACUACCUGCAUGCAAUUGAAUCGGAUUAUUUUCCGAACACAAACCGUCUGGUCCACUUAAUACUAAAUGGAAAUGAAAUUUCGGGCAUUGCGGAAAAUGCAUUUGAAAAUCUAUCAUAUCUGCAGGAUAUUGAAUUGAAUAACAACCACUUGACUACGCUGCCCGGAGGCGUAUUUAAGAACAUGGGUAAAUUGCGUAAACUGUCCUUGAAUUAUAACCAGCUGGAAAUUAAUUGGUCCACUUUUCGAGGCUUGACCUCGUUGCAGAAGCUAUUCCUGAAGUCGAAUAAUAUUCGUAUACUCCAGGAUGGUGUGUUCCACGUCAUGCAAUCAAUCGAAACUAUAGAACUGGAUCACAAUGGCAUUAGCUCUCUAAGCCGCCAAGGCUUGUUCAAUUUGACGAAGUUGCGUUAUUUAAGUCUGUCAAAUAAUUCAAUAUCUCGUAUUGAAGUGGACACCUGGGAGUUCACUCAGUCGCUAACCAGUCUAGAUCUCUCCCAUAACAAUAUAAGUGAUUUCAAGCCACAACACUUGGAUUGCCUGCAGCGCCUGAAAUAUCUAAACUUGGCCCAUAACAAGAUACAUUAUUUAAUGGAGAAUACUUUCGACUGUGUUAAAAAUUUAGAAGACUUGAAUUUGCGCCGAAACAGAUUAUCGUGGAUAAUUGAGGACCCUGGGGCAGGGCCGCCAUUCAAGUCAUUGCGUAAACUGAAGAAAUUGGAUUUGUACGGCAAUAAUUUGAAGCAAAUCAAUAGCAAGUCAUUGAGUGGCCUUUCAAGUUUAGAGUCCCUGAAUCUGGGAGGAAAUGCCUUAGCUUCAAUACAAACGUCAGCUUUCGAUCACUUGAGUCAUCUGCAGAAGCUCACUUUCAAAUCGCUAAAUUUUAUUUGUGAUUGUGAAAUUUUGGGAUUUAAACGUUGGCUUACGAAACAUUUACUAUCAACCGGCCAACAGUCGCCGGUACAUCCUUCUCAAGCGGUGUGUGGCUACCCCGAACAUCUACUUGAUCGGGAAUUACUAUCGCUGCAACAGAACGAACUAAUAUGUGACGAAACUCCGAAACCAAAAUUGUCCCACGAGCCUUCCAAUCAGUUAGCCGUUAAAGGAGCUAAUAUUACAAUGGAAUGUCGAGCUACCUCUCCAAGAGCAGCAUCUAUUUCGGCGACAGAUGAAUUGAAAAUUAAAUGGCGGCACGAUAAUCGCAAUAUAAAGGAAAAAGACCGUAGCUCAACCUUCGUCAGUUCUUCGCAAAGUGGUUCAUCGUACGCAACAACGGACACGCAGAUUUACAAUGACCCGUCUAACAACCACACCACAAUUAUUGGCUACUUGCGUUUGUUUAAUGUCAGCUAUGAACUGGCUGGGAAGUACCAGUGUGUCGUAUCGAAUGCGUUUGGAACGACGUAUUCACAGAAAUUUAAAAUUUCUAUUGGAAUUCAUCCUUCUUUUCUGCAAAUUCCAUCUAAUCUAACAAUUGAUUCCGGUGACACUGCCAGAUUGGUUUGUUCUGCAACUGGUGACCCCACGCCUGUAAUUGCAUUGCAAAAAUUUGGAGCAAGUGAUUUCCCAGCCGCAACAGAGCGCCGUUUACAAGUAUUGAGGGAGGAAAAUGCAUUUGUUAUUACGAAUGCGAAGCCCAUCGAUAGUGGAAUUUACACUUGCACUGCAGAAAGUCCAGCAGGCGAAAUCAAAGUAAAUGCAACCUUGAUAGUAAAUGACAAACCGCAACCUCAUAUACCUGUAGUAAUUAAGGAAAUAGCUGUAGGUAAGUCUAGCGUCCUUGAGUGCCUUAGCGAAUUCGCCUUCGAACUAAAUCAACCUCGCCGUGAAUGGUACAAGGACAAUAAGCCCUUCCAUAUAACACCUACAUUCGACUCAGAGCGGUAUUAUUUUACAACUGAAAAGGAGCUUUUGAUCAUCGUUAAUACACAGUCAGCUGACUCCGGACAUUACCGCUGUGAAAUUACGGACAACUCAAAAACAUACACAAUGCAAAUGGACCUAAUAGUGGUCAAGGAAUACUUUAGUCAACGUGUUAUUAUCGUCGGGGUGGUAUUGGUGACGCUGACUUGUAUAGUGGUUGGCUCCCUCGUAGUUUGGAUCGUAUUAUUUUACCAAAAGAGGAAACUGUGUAGGCAUUCUGGGCAACAUAAUGGUCCCGGCAGUGGGUCCCGGGUUGCUGCUGCCCAAGACUCGAUUCUGGACCAAACGCAAAUGACAACACUCAAUCGAACAUACAUUAGAUCGAAUAGAGACCCAUGUCACCAGCGGCCAAGAAGUUUGGCCACUUUAGAGUUGAACUCUGGUCGUUAUCUCGCCGAUGCCGACGACGAUGUCAAUGCAGCAACGGCCGAGCAACGAAGUUGUUUGAUCGUCAGCGCCACUCCCAAUUACAAUCAACUGCUUAUGCAACAUAACAUUCGGGAUAGUCGCAACGUUCAAAAAAGUCUUAGAGAUGAUGACGAAGAUCUAACUUUGGAAUACUUAGGCUUAAAUACGUCACAUGACACAGACCCCCAACAGGAUCACUUGUCCAGCAAGGACUCAGGUACAGGUUCUGAUGCAGCCAAUAAGCGCAGUUUGGAUGAUUUUUCUGUUUCUUUAAUAUCGGCCCACGCGUCUACUCCUACAGCUACUGUUUCGACAAUGAAGCCACAUCCAAAUAUGUCCCCUGCUAAAGCGGAAGACGGUGAAGAUAAUGGUUACAAUGCAGAGACAAAGGUGAUUGCCCAUGAAGACAGCGACGAUUUAGUCGCUUCACCGACAUUGGGCAUUUCAUUGUAUACUAUAGAAGCUAACAUUACGCCGCUCAACAACAAUGGCUCGCCUAUCAGCAAAGGAUGCUUGAAAACUUCCAGCGAUAACAUUAAUGAAAGUGGCUCUCCGAAUUUACAGACUUCUUUACUUUGCGACAACAAUGCAGGAAAUUGCCCGAAGCCGGUAGCAAGUUCCCCUCAAUGUCAUGCGGAAACGCAAAUGGUGGACAUUUAA